AUGCUGGAAGUUUUGCUUUACUUCUAUAAUUUGAAAAAAACUGCCGCUGAAGCACACCGAUUGAUUACCGAAGCUUACAAUGAACGUCUUCCAUCGGUUUCAACGCGAGAUAGAUGGCUUUUAGUUAUAGGACCCAUUCAGCCAAUUACCCUUGCCGAUCCUAUCGUUUGGAGAAGUUUGAUCUGUUCCUACAACAUUCAUGUGGGCAAUUACCAGAUACCCUCGACACCGCUCUAUCCCUGGGAUAAAUGGGAGAAUUUUUAUGUGCGAUCGAAUCAGGGUCGAGCACAUAUAAAACCAGAUGAAUCCAGAGAAUUUUUGUACUUAGUAUUGGAAAACUAUAUGAACUUAAGCCAUGGCAAUGGUAAGGAAUGUCUAUUGCGUUCGAUAUGUGAAAAUGCUCAGAUACAUAAACAUAUGGAUUUGUUUGCAGAAAUCUUAAAUGUGAUAUUAACGCCUGGUUAUGGAGAUGUGGAUGGAAUUUAUGGUCAUGCCUAUGAAAUGGGUAGAGCUGGAGCCGACUGUUUCAAAUAUUAUAGUAAAUGUCCGCCUGGUUUUUGUUUCCUAGAUCAGUUUUUGCAUUUGUCUUAAUAAAAUCUGUAUUUUAGAAAUAUUUUUAAGUUAUA